CCAGUGCCUGCCGGAGCGCAGCGGCGCGCGCGUCUACCACACCCCGCGCAGAAACAUGCGCACAUGCAUCCGACACCAUGAGGCGCCUAGCGAGAUCUUUCUACCUAGUGUCAUUCUUGUUUUUCAUCAUUUUUCUCUAUCAUACUUUAAAAGAAAUGAAAAGGACACGACAAGAAUUGCAUUCAAAUACAAUAUUUGAAAUAGAACAAAAUUUGGAAAAAAUUGUGGCAGAGUUGGAAAAAAAUGUUAAAGCCAGUGAAAGUGAAAAAAUUGAAGAAAAAGAUCUAGGAGAAAAAAAUACAGUGGUAAAUAGUAAUUUAAAAUAUAUUUUACAGUGGACUAAUCCGAAACAUGUGCCUUUUGUGUAUAUGGGUAAAGGUCAACAAGGAUUUAUAGACAGAAAGUGCAAGUAUACUAAUUGUUAUGUUACCAGUGAUAGAAAUUUACUCGGAGACGUUAGCAAGUUCGACGUAAUUGCAUUUGCCGGACCUGAAGUCUCCUACACACCUAAUGUUAAACUAACGCCUCCGAAGCGAUCACCACAUCAGAAGUAUGCUUUUGCAAGUAUAGAAUCAGCAGGGAACUACCCGAUUUGCUCCAACAGGUUAGAUAACUUUUUUAACUGGACGUGGACCUACAGAUUAGACUCUGAGAAUAGAUGGGGCUACGUAAUUGUUAGAGAUGCUGAAAAUAAAAUAAUAGGCCCGAAUAUUGAUAUGCAUUGGAUGAAAUUAGAAGAUAUGGACCCUGUCAGUGAAGAAUUAGCGGCACAGUUGAGAAGUAAAACCAAAACAGCAGCAUGGUUCGUGUCUAACUGUGAAACAAGAAAUUUUCGAGAGAAUUACGUUAAGGAUUUGCAAGAGGAAUUAGAAGCUUAUGACUUAACAGUUGAUGUCUACGGCAAGUGUGGGCCGCUCAAGUGCGAAAGAAGCACUGAAGAGGAAUGUUUUCAAUUGAUUAAGAGGGAUUAUUAUUUCUAUCUGUCGUUCGAGAACUCAUUCAGUAAAGAUUACGUGACUGAAAAACUGUUACAUGGCCUGAAAUACAAUGCCAUCCCUAUUGUUUAUGGAGGUGCUAACUAUACAAGAUUCAUGCCAGACGGGAUAUACUUGAAUGCAAGAGAACUAGGGCCGAAAGAAUUAGCUAAAAAGAUGAAACAUCUAAUAGACCAUCCCGAUGAGUAUAAAGAGUAUUUCCGAUGGACUAACCACUACUCUUAUUAUAGAAGAGUCGAAAACGUUGAGACUGACGACUAUUGUGGUUACUGUACUCUUCUCAACAACGACGAGAUGGUGAAAAAGACGUCCAUAUACAAGAACUUUAAGGAUUGGUGGAAUGACCCCCAGCAUUGUCGUGGUUCUGGUUAAUAGAUAAAGGAUGACUCACUUUAGACCGGGCCGGGUGUGAUCAUCGGGACAGAUGACCGGUGAUCACGUGAUGGCUUUCUAUAGAAAACGAAACACCGGAAGCCCCGGCCCGGUCUAACAUGAGUCAUCCUUAAAAUGCAAUUUAUCCCGCGUACCUCAAAGGCCAUUUUGAAAAAUGAAUCGACGAAACAGCUAUAUAUAGAAUUAUAUUGUCAAACCAACCUACUCAUCAUUGUUAUCAACGAAGCGUCUGGUUGACGUAUAGUUUGAAUUUUCUCAAAUGAUUUUUACGCCUAAGACCCUAAUCUAAUCGCGAUACAGUUUUUUUUUUAAACGGCAUUGUUGUUUUGCCACGCGCCGAAGUUGGAAGCUUGGGCUCGUCAUAAAAGAAACAAUGGCUAUUGUUUAACAGGUUAGGGUCUUAGGCAUAAAAAUCAUUUGAGAAAACUCAUACUAUAACUUUACUGGUGACCGAAGAGCUGGCGGCUUCCUCGCACAAGGUAUUCAGCAUCGCGAUACAGCGAGGAAAUGCCGCCAGCAUUUUUGGUACAAUGCCACAAGGGCCUAUUUUAGAUUUAAGCUUAGUUAUGAAUUUAGUUUAGUAAAUAUUGCCUGCGAAGCCGAUGGUCCUGGGUUCAAGGGCAUUUAUUUGUGUGAUGAACACGAAUAUUUGUUCCUGAGUCAUGGGUGUUUUCUAUGUAUAUAAGUAUGUAUUUAUCUAUAUAAGUAUGUAUACCGUCGCCUAGCACCCAUAGUACAAGCUUUGCUUAGUUUGGGGCUAGGUUGAUCGGUGUAAGAUGUCCCCAAUAUUUAUUUAUUAUUAUUAUUUAUUUAUUAUAAUAUAUACAGUGGUAACUGUAUAUAUCUUUUAUGUAAAUAAAUGUAUUUUCUCAACGUCAGUAAGUUACCGUUUGGAUAUAAUCGUUAUAGACGAUUGAGCAAGCUGUGAUUAGUUUUUAAUAGGUAAGUUUAUACAUAUAAGCACAUAUAUGUAUAGCUGAUUUGUACAAAUCAAAUCAAAAAUAUUUACGUAAUCAAGUUUUGUUUGGUAUACCCUAAUGAGUACUGAGAUAACGAACGGUAGACCUACAGGUCUACCGUUUGACUGAGGCGGAUGGGAAGAUGUUGGUCAGCUUUGGGCUGGCUGAAGGCUUGGCUGCAUGACGCUGAUUUGAGAGAGAGAUAGAGCGAUAGAUAUAGAAAUUAAAUUUUAAUAAUACCUAUGAUUUAGUAAUACAUAUUAAAUUCAA